AAUUCACAAUCCCCUGAAUUCCUGAUAAUAGAUAGACCAUAUGCUUGUUGCUGCUUGAAAAAGCCUAAUCUUUUAUUCUCUCACUCAAAUGCCAAUCACCUCAUCAAUCUAUCCGCCCCUCACGCUGAGGAAAGCAUGGCCCCACUUCCUCACUUUCUUUGAUCAGACAAACUUAUGUUGUCCACUUUCACUGCUACCUCUCUGAGUCUCUUCCCUUCUCCUCAGUUCCCCUGUUUCUCUGCAACACCCGUGUUCCUCUUCAACUCUAUCACUCUUUCUUUGUCCCACUUACUGCCAAACUCUUACUUGUAAUUCUACUCUUACUUCCCACUUAUAUUUCAAAUAAAACCCACUUUCUAUUUUUUUUCAAAUAAAACCCACUUUUUUUUUUCUUCUUCUAUAAUUUUUCUGGUUUGUAUGUUGGUUUUAUUAGGGUUUUUGUCAAUUGGGUGACCAAUUUUAUUGGUGGGUUUUUGGGGGAUGCUUUGUAGCAGGAAAAUGUUUAAUUUGUUUCUUAGUAAGAAUGUGAGAAAGAUUCUUAAGCGUAAGGAUAGCGAUGCUGGUGAAAAAGGAAAAGCAUUAGAAGAUUUACGGUCUUCGCUGUUUAACGAGUUACGUUCCUCAGAAGGUGCCAGGCGGUAUCAGCAACGCAUAUGCGGGCCUUUUGUGGCACUAACUUUCAACUUCUUGGUGUCUGUUGGUAUAAUCUUGAUGAACAAACUGGUUCUUGGGAGGGUUGGCUUCAAUUAUCCCAUAUUGCUUACAUUUAUUCACUAUGUAGUAAGCUGGUUUUUAAUGGCUAUUCUAAAAGCUCUAUCUAUGCUCCCUGCGCCUCCUGCAAAAGCAUCUCGUUUCUCUUCGUUAUUCGCUCUUGGUGUAGUCAUGUCCCUCUCUACUGGUCUUGCUAAUGUCAGUUUGAAGUAUAAUAGUGUUGGAUUUUACCAGAUGGCUAAGAUCGCUGUGACCCCCUCGAUAGUGGUUGCAGAAUUCAUUCUCUUACGGAAACUGGUCUCAUUUCAGAAGGUUGUUGCUCUCACUAUAGUCUCCGUUGGUGUUGCUGUUGCUACAGUAACUGAUGUACAGUUCCACUUAUUUGGUGCUUGUAUAGCUUUAGCUUGGAUAGUUCCUAGUGCUGUAAAUAAGAUCAUGUGGUCCAAUAUGCAGCAACGGGAGAAUUGGACUGCAUUGGCGUUGAUGUGGAAAACAACUCCAAUUACAGUAUUCUUCUUGGUAGCGAUGAUGCCUUGGCUUGAUCCUCCUGGUGUCCUUUCUUUCAAUUGGAAUUUAAGCAACACAUCUGCAAUUUUUAUGUCUGCGCUUCUGGGCUUCUUGCUUCAAUGGUCAGGAGCACUUGCGCUUGGGGCAACAUCAGCUAUUACCCACGUUGUUCUUGGGCAAUUCAAGACAUGUGUUAUACUGAUAGGAGGAUACCUUCUUUUUGGGUCAAAUCCUGGAAUAACCAGUAUCUGUGGAGCAAUAACUGCCCUGAUGGGAAUGUCAAUCUACACUUAUCUUAAUUUACACAAUUCAGAUGAUCAUUCAAAUAAAACUGCUGCUAAACAAGCUUCAUUUUCAUCGCCGAAGUCUAAGCUUAGCAGAGAAAACGGUGAAACUCAUGUCGGAAAUGCUGGGCCAGAAUCUGUCUGAGUUGGGAACUAUAUUAUGCUAGCAGACUAUGGUAACUAACUAUUCACUAACCUCUUAUUUAUUUUACACACUGCUCGUUUCAGGUAUCUUAUUGAGGGUCCUCUUAAUCGUGUUUACUGAAACGAAUCCGUGGAUCUAUAGAGAUUUCAGAGAUAUGUGUAUUACUAGUACCUUCUGAGAAGUUGUUUGCUUCUCAAUGGAAGAGAUUUCUUUAUUUUUUUUUCUAAUGAGGCUGAUUUUUCUAAGGAAUGUCAACUUGUCCAUCAUGUAAUUUAUAUAUAUUGUAAUACAGAAUAACACAUUGUUUCCCCCA